AUGUUGUAACAUGUUGUGCCAACUUCUCAAUUGUCAAUUUAGAACUAUAAUAUUAUAGUUACAUAGUGUAAGAAUUGUAUAUUGAAGCUAAUCUUUUGUUCGGAUUAAGUGCUUUUUAUAUUAUUGCUAAGGAGACUGAAUAAUUAACAAACCAAAACUCAUUUAAAAUCAACUGUUUUACCAAUUUAUUUCAAUCCCUGUAAAUAAAAUCUUAAUGAGAAACCCUCUUCACAGAAGGCUGGACGAAACAACCUUAUGAAAUGUAUAAUUAAUCCUUAGUUAAUAACACUAAUUCCAAAUGAAGAUCUGUAUGUUACUUUACUAAUUUGAGAUGGGGUGAAUUAAUAAAUACUUUUUGGAUGAAAGAAAU